UGGAAUCCGCCGCGGCGACACCGCUUCCUUUUAUAAAUAAAUAAACCCUAGAAAAAGACCCUCCCAAGUUUUAUAGUUAUCGUCUGCCCGUUGCAAGCUUCUUGCUUCGCUGCAUCUUCGUGCGGCGGUGGUGAUCUCUCUUCUGCUCCAUCGCGACUGCGCCUCCCUUGGGAGCCAAGAACCACCCGUCGCCUGGACGUUCUUUUUGGUAGGAUUUGAAGCAGAUAUUUUCCCCAGGAUGCGAACUUUUGGGAAGAAAUUAGAUUGAUUCGGUUCAAAUAGCACAAGGAUAUAAAAUGGCAGCUACCAAUGCCCCCACAAAUAUCGAGAAAGAGCAGAUAUUUGGAAUGGCGGAGAAAGAGAUGGAAUACCGGGUAGAUCUCUUUAACAGGCUUACUGCAACAUGUUUUGACAAAUGUAUUGAAAAAAGGUAUAAGGAAUCUGAGCUUAACAUGGGUGAGAACAGUUGUAUUGAUCGCUGUGUUUCAAAAUAUUGGCAGGUGACAAAUUUGAUUGGACAGUUGCUUGGUUCCAACAGGCCUCCGGUGUGAUAUAACAGCAGUCAUUAAUUGAUGGCAGACACUCGGAUUGCUGUUGGUUGAAGUUUAACAGAUACUUUGUAUUUUCAAAUGAAUUGAAGUAGCCAGAAAAUAUUUGGUUGAAAUAUUUUGCCUAGGCGAGUAUCCUCUCGUAAUCGGAUGGAAUUUGAGAAGAACCAUAUUACAAUUUUGCCUUCAAUACAGGUUUGUCCGUCCCAUGUAUUGUCAGCACGGCCCAAGAGGGAGCCCAUAGCUGAUCAUUGCUAGAAAAUCUUGUCAUGAAGGUCAACAUGGCUCCAGGUUAAUUCAUCCAAAGACAGCUUGCAUGAUAUCCAAUCCGGAGUCUGUUAAAUCCUAUUGAAUUGCAUAUUAUUUUCG